UUCGUCAAUGAGGUGGCCCUUGGGCCCGCAGGCAGCCCAGGGAAGGAGCGCUGGCCGGGGUUCUGGCCGGAGCUGCAGGCUCUGGUGGGUUUCUGCUUCCUGCGCCAGCUUCCUGGGGCCUCAGCGCCCCCCAGGGCGGCAACAGAGGCCGCGAGCUCACUCCUGCAGCAGGCGCCUGUCGCAUGCCCGGCUGGCGGACUCAGAACGUGGCAGGGACAGGUGGGCUGGCCUCCGGCAGGUGGGAAUCUCAUGUCUGCGGCGGCCACGCGCCCUGCCGCCCACUCUCUCCGUGGUGCCAGCUGCUUCGGAGGAGGCCGCCAACCGCCGCUGGGCCCGUCAGAGUGUCUUGGGAAAUCCAUCAAGGACUGCCCUAUACAAGGGGCUCUGAUGGGUUCUGACACCUUCCCUGGGCCGCGCAGAGAUCUCCAGAGCAUGGGACCGUGAGACGGGGGUCCUGUGGACCCAUGGCACCGUGGCUGGUUCCUCUGUGAGCGGGGAACUCCGCAGGCGGAGCGCUCUGGGCCAGUGACGCAGAGCGCGCUGCGGGCUGCGGGGACUGCGCGGGACGCACGCUCAGCCCGGGAUGCGGGCGGCCCCGCGGGGCCGGCGGGCGGUCCUCCGCAGCGGCGCCAGUGACGCGGGAACGCGGGCCCGCUCCGAGCAGCCCUCCACGGUGUCCUUCCAGAACCUUCAGCCUCAUGAGUGCAGGCAAGGCUGUCCUGAGCGGGACAGGAGACUGCAGAAGCUGGAGUUCGAGUGGCCCGUAGGACGGAGCCCCCGAGCCUGAGGAAAGCCGGCUCCAGGCAGGAGGAAGGCUUUGGGGUGCAGCCAGGACGAUGGCUGAGCUGGGCAUGGCCCCCCAUCUCCGGCGCAGCAACAGCAGUGUCUGCAAGGCCCGGAGGCUGCAGCACCUGUUUGGAAACAGCACAAAGGACCGAGGCAGGUGUCCAGACCCUUAUCCGCUGCACGGCUCUGUUCUCGAGCAAGAAAAUCUCAGCUCGUGGGUCCCGCAAAAUAUCAAGAAGAAGGAGUGCAUGUACUUCGUGGAGAGCUCCAAGCUGUCGGAUGCCGGGAAGGUGGUGUGUGAAUGCGGACACACACGCCAGCAACACUUGGAGGAGGCCACCAGGCCCCACACUUUGCAGGGCAAGGAUUGGGACCCCAAAAAACAUGUCCAGGAGAUGCCAACGGACGCCUUUGGUGACAUUGUUUUCAAGGGCCUGGGCCAGAAGGUGGGAAAGUACGUCCGCCUCUCCCAGGACACACCCCCCAGCGUGAUCUACCACCUCAUGACCCAGUACUGGGGCCUGGAUGUCCCCAACCUCCUCAUCUCGGUGACAGGUGGGGCCAAGGACUUCAACAUGAAGCCCAGGCUGAAGAGUGUGUUCCGAAGAGGCCUGGUCAAGGUGGCCCAGACCACAGGGGCCUGGAUUAUCACCGGCGGGUCCCACGCGGGUGUCAUGAAGCAGGUGGGCGAGGCGGUGCGGGACUUCACCCUGAGCAGCUGCCGCCAUGAGGGAGACGUCGUCACUGUCGGAAUUGCCACGUGGGGCACCGUGCACAACCGAGAGGGCCUGAUCCAUCCCUCGGGCGGCUUCCCUGCGGAGUACAUCGUCGACGAGGAAGGCCAGGGGUGCCUGAGCUGCCUGGACAGCAACCACUCCCACUUCAUCCUUGUGGACGACGGGACCCACGGCCGCUACGGGGUCGAGAUCCCCCUGAGGACGAAGCUGGAGAAGUUCGUGUCGGAGCAGACAAAGGAAAGAGGAGGUGUGGCCAUCAAGAUCCCUGUCGUCUGUGUGGUGCUGGAAGGGGGGCCCGGCACCCUGCAUACCAUCUACAACGCCAUCACCAACGGCACCCCCUGUGUGGUCGUGGAGGGCUCGGGCCGCGUGGCCGACGUCAUCGCCCAGGUGGCGGGCCUGCCCAUCUCUGAGAUCACCAUCUCCAGGGUUCAGGAGAAGCUCAGCCUGUUCUUCCAGGAGACGUUUGAGACCCUCAGUGAGAGCAGGAUUGUCGAGUGGACCAAAAAGAUUCAGGACAUCGUCCGGAGACGGCAGCUGCUGACCAUCUUCCGGGAGGGCAAGGACGGCCAGCAGGACGUGGACGUGGCCAUCCUGCAGGCCUUGCUGAAAGCCUCUCGGAGCCACGACUACUUUGGCCACGAGAACUGGGACCACCAGCUGAAGUUGGCCGUGGCGUGGAACCGCGUGGACAUCGCCCGGAGCGAGAUCUUCUCCGGCGAGCGUCAGUGGAAGCCUUCAGAGCUGCACCCCGUGAUGAUGGCAGCCCUCAUCUCCAACAAGCCCGAGUUCGUGAAGCUCUUCCUGGAGAACGGCGUGCGGCUGACGGAGUUCGUCACGUGGGACACCCUGCUCUCCCUGUACCGGCACCUGGACCCCUCCUGCCUGUUCCACAGCAAGCUGCAGAAGGUGCUGGCCGAGGAGCCUGAGCGGCCGGCCGGCGGGCACACCGUCCCCCACGUGCAGAUGCACCACGUGGCCCAGGUGCUCCGGGAGCUGCUGGGGGACUUCACGCAGCCGCUGUACCCCCGGCCUCGGACCGGCGACCGGCCCCGGCUCCUGCUCCCCGUGCCCAACAUGAAGCUCAACAUGCAGGGAGUGAGCCUCCGGUCCCUCCACAAGCGUUCCUCAGGACAUGUGGCCUUCACCAUGGAUCCGGUCCGCGAUCUUCUCAUUUGGGCCAUCGUCCAGAGUCGUCGGGAGCUGGCGGAAAUCAUCUGGGCCCAGAGCCAGGACUGCAUUGCGGCGGCCUUGGCCUGCAGCAAGAUGCUGAAGGAGCUGUCCAAGGAGGAGGAGGACACGGACAGCCUGGAGGAGAUGCUGGCGCUGGCCAACGAGUUUGAACACAGAGCCAUCGGGGUGUUCACCGAGUGCCACCGGAAGGACGAGGAAAGGGCACAGAAACUGCUCACCCGCGUGUCGGAGGCCUGGGGGAGGACCACCUGCCUGCAGCUGGCCCUGGAGGCCAAAGACAUGAAGUUCGUGUCUCACGGAGGCAUCCAGGCUUUUCUAACCAAGGUGUGGUGGGGCCAGCUCUGCGUGGACAACGGGCUCUGGCGGGUGAUCCUGUGUAUGCUGGCCUUCCCGCUGCUCUGCACCAGCUUCAUCUCCUUCAGGGAGAAGAAGCUGCAGGCCAGGAGGGGCCUGCUCCGGGUCCGCGCCUUCUACAGCGCUCCCGUGGUCAUCUUCCACCUCAACAUCCUGUCCUAUUUCGCCUUCCUGUGCCUCUUCGCCUACGUGCUCAUGGUGGACUUCCAGCCCGCGCCCUCGUGGUGCGAGUGCCUCAUCUACUUCUGGCUCUUCUCUCUGGUGUGUGAGGAGCUGCGACAGCUCUUCUACGACCCCGAUGAGCUUGGGCUGAUGAAGGUGGCGCUCCUGUACUUCAGCGACUUCUGGAACAAACUGGACGUCGGUGCCAUCUUGCUCUUCGUAGCAGGACUGACCUGCAGGCUCAUCCCCGGGCUGCUGUACCCGGGACGCAUCAUCCUCUCCCUGGACUUCAUCAUGUUUUGCCUCCGGCUGAUGCACAUUUUCACCGUCAGUAAGACGCUGGGGCCCAAGAUCAUCAUCGUGAAGCGGAUGAUGAAGGACGUCUUCUUCUUCCUCUUCCUGUUGGCGGUGUGGGUGGUGUCUUUUGGGGUGGCCAAGCAGGCCAUCCUCAUCCACAACGAGAGCCGAGUGGACUGGAUCUUCCGGGGGGUCGUUUACCAGUCGUACCUCACCAUCUUCGGGCAGAUGCCGGCUUACAUUGACGGUGUGAAUUUCAGCCUGGACCAGUGCAGCCCCAAUGGCACGGACCCCUACAAGCCCAAGUGCCCCGAGAGCGACGCCGUCCGGCACGAGCCUGCCUUCCCCGAGUGGCUGACGGUCAUCCUGCUGUGUCUCUACCUGCUGUUCACCAACAUCUUGCUGCUGAACCUCCUCAUUGCCAUGUUCAACUACACGUUCCAGCAGGUCCAGGAGCACACGGACCAGAUCUGGAAGUUCCAGCGCCACGACCUGAUAGAGGAGUACCACGGCAGGCCCCCCGCGCCGCCCCCCUUCAUCCUCCUCAGCCACCUGCACCUGUUCAUCAAGAGGGUGGUCCUGAAGGUGCCCGCCAAGAGGCACAAGCAGCUCAAGAGCAAGCUGGAGAAGAACGAGCAGGCCGCGCUCCUGUCCUGGGAGGCCUACCUGAAGGAGAAUUACCUGCAGAACCAGCGGUACCAGCAGAAGCAGAGGCCGGAGCAGCAGAUUCAAGACAUCGGCGAGAAGGUCAACACCGCGGUGGACCUGCUGGAAAUGGAGGGUCGCAAGCGGUCCAGCUCCCUGGAGCAGAGGCUCGCCUCCCUGGAGGCGCAGGUGGCCCAGACGUCCAGAGCAUUGCACUGGGUCAUGAAGGCACUGAGGGACAGUGGCUUUGGCUCAGAGGAGGCCCUCCCCACCCUGGCACCCCAGAAGGCCUCAGAGGGGCAGGACCGUGAGCUGGACGGCAGGCAGAAGGCGGAGGAUGUGGGCGACAGCCACCACGUGAACGCCCGGCACCUCCUUUACCCUCACUCCCACGUCACACGUUUCCCCGUGCCCAACGAGAAGGUGCCCUGGGAGACGGAGUUUCUCAUCUACGACCCGCCCUUUUACACGGACGACAAGAAGGACAAGGGCUCGGUGGACCCCGUGGGAAACGCCCCGGAAGCCUUGGCCGGUGUCAGCUACAACGCCGUGGACGGGCCCACAGACCGGCGGAGCUUCCACGGGCUCUACGUGCUGCAGGAUGGGCUCCCUCUGAACCCCAUGGGCCGCACAGGACUGCGUGGGCGAGGGAGCCUUUGUCGCUUUGGACCCAACCACACGCUGCAGCCCGUGAUCACGCGGUCCCUGUCCCUUGGCGUGCCUCUGGGAGGAGGGGAAGCACCAAGGCCCAGGCCCACAGACAGGCUGGAAACACGUAUGACCCCACCCAGCAUUUCCAAAGAGCGAGCAGCGGAACAGCAGAGCCCAGGGUGGAGGCGGAACCAGGACGGAGCCAUCUGCAGGAAGGGCAUCAAGAAAAUGCUGGAAGUGCUGGUCGUGAGGCCCCUGCGCUCGGAGUCCUGGGCCCUGCCAGGGGGCUCCCGGGAGCCGGGGGAGAUGCUGCCCCGGAAGCUGAAGCAGGUCCUCCGAAGGGAGUUCUGGUCGUCCUUCCAGAACUUGCUGAUUCAGGGCACCGAGGUGUACAAGGGCUACGUGGACGACCCGAGGAACACAGACAACGCCUGGAUAGAGACAGUGGCCGUCAGCAUCCACUUCUCAGACCAGAGCGACAUGGAUCUGAAGAGGCUGAACUCUCACCUGCACACCUGCGACCCCGGGAUGUCCGUCCAGUGGCAGGUCGUGGACAAGCGCAUUCCGCUCUACGCCAACCACAAGACCAUCCUCCAGAAGGUGGCCGCUCUGUUUGGGGCUUUCUAUUGACCCGUGCAACCCGGCCGGGCCCCGCCGCCAGGGGAGGGUGAGGCUUGUCCUCCUGCGGUUUCCGUGGAGACAUGCGCUGCCCUGGACACAGGCUACUACCAGCUGCCGGAGCCACAGUCGCCCCCGGACCCCAGGCGGGCGGGGGGCUGCUUCCAGGCACCGCGUGGUGUGUCGUGGGCUCUGCCGCCUCUCACGGCCACCUUGAGCUGCCGGGCAGAUGAGCCUGUGACGUGGAGGGCGUCAGGGCGCCCCAGAGGAGAGCCCAGGCAAGGGACAGCUGGCUCGGGUCACAGGGCCAUUCCCCAGGGUUGACGUGGCCCCUGGGACCCCGCAGCCAUCCCUGCCACUGUGGCCUCGGCCCUCGGCCAGCAAGAUCCCUCCUGUCCACGUCGUGGGCAGCUCGUCCACGACCGACGUGUGUGGGCCCAAGGCCUGUGUUUCCUGGACGGCCGGGGCUCCCCCAUGGCCUUCUCCUUGGGCCCACACCCCGGAGAUGGUGUCCACCAUGACCUUAUGUGGACCCUCGCCCACUCUGGGGUCGGGAGCACCAGCAGCCGCAGUUCACUGCCUGAGCAGUCGGGGCUGGGCCCGUGCGUGAGGGGACGGGGCCCACACAAGCACACGCUUCUCUGGAGAUACAAGGCCGGGGAUUCAGGCGGGGGGUCUCCAGGCACAGCACCCCUGUCCCGUGAGCCCAGGGAGGGCAGGUGGUGGGCCUUGGUGGCGGGGGAUGCCCCUGCUCCGUGUCAGUGACGCGCGUGAACCGCCCGGAGUGGCCAGGGCUGGAAUACUGUAAAACCAACAUUAAACGUGCUGCCCAAACCGGC